UGAUAUUUCUGGGACAGACUGCAGCUGUGCUGGGCAACUUUAGAGAGUGUGAUCCAGGAACUUAUUCCUAUUUUCCAUUCAGAAGAUGCGCAAAAUGGCCCCAGAAAACAAUGAACUGGUCUUCUUUGUAAAUGGCAAGAAGAUAGUGGAGAAGAACGUGGAUCCAGAAACUACUUUGCUAACCUACCUUCGAAGGAAACUGGGCUUGUGUGGAACCAAACUGGGCUGUGGAGAAGGAGGCUGUGGUGCUUGCACAGUCAUGAUUUCCAGGUUUGACAACUUCCGAAACAAAAUCAUGCAUUAUUCUGCAAAUGCAUGUUUAUUCCCUAUCUGCGCCCUCCACCAUGUAGCUGUAACUACUGUUGAAGGCAUCGGAAGCACCAAGACAAGGCUGCACCCUGUGCAGGAGAGAAUAGCCAAAAGCCAUGGAUCACAGUGUGGUUUCUGCACUCCUGGCAUUGUCAUGUCCAUGUAUACAUUGCUUCGUAAUCAUCCUCAGCCUAGAAUGGAAGAAAUUGAAGAUGCUUUUCAAGGAAAUCUCUGCCGCUGUACAGGAUACAGACCCAUCCUGGAGGGGUACAGAACAUUUGCAAAGGAAGGAGGAUGCUGUGGAAAACUAGUCACUGGAAAAGUCAAUGACCUAGACUGUUGCAUGAAUGAAAAAGAAGGCAAUUCUGGACUGAUUACCACAACUCUGUUCAAUACAUCUGAGUUCCAGCCUUUAGACCCUACCCAGGAACCUAUAUUCCCACCUGAGUUAUUGACACAGAAAAAGCCUAUUGAGCCACUGUGUUUCAAAGGCGAGCGAGUGACGUGGUUGCAACCAUCAACUCUCAAGGAACUUGUGUCUAUGAAAGCUCAGCACCCUGAUGCCAAACUUGUAGUAGGGAACACCGAAGUGGGUAUUGAAAUGAGAUUAAAGAACAUGCUGUACCCUGUGAUUAUAGCCCCAACUUGGAUCCCAGAAAUGAACUCUGUUCAGCACACAAAAGAGGGAAUCAGAUUCGGUGCCUCCUGUAGCCUGAGCUGUGUGGAAGAGGAACUCAGGAAAGCAGUGGACAAGUUUCCUUCUUACCGAAUAGAGGUCUUCCAAGCAAUCCUAGAACAACUGCGAUGGUUUGCAGGGCCUCAGAUCCGCAAUGUUGCAGCUAUUGGUGGAAAUAUAAUGACUGCAAGUCCAAUAUCUGACCUAAAUCCAGUGUUGAUGGCAACUGGGAGCAAACUGACUUUGGUGUCAAGUGAGGGCAGCAGGACAAUAAGGAUGGAUGAAAAAUUCUUUACUGGGUAUAGAAAAACUAUACUGAAGCCUCAAGAACUGCUGCUUUCAGUUGAGAUUCCAUUCAGUAGGAAGGGUGAAUAUUUCUCUGCCUUCAAGCAAGCUUCAAGACGUGAGGAUGACAUUGCCAUUGUGACCUGUGGAAUGAGAGUUCGGUUUCAAGAGGAAACCAAUCGAUUAGAAGAGAUUAAGCUGAGCUAUGGCGGAAUGGCUCUCACAACAGUCAUGGCUGUAAAAACCUGUCAGGAGCUGAUUGGGAGAGAGUGGAAAGAAGAACUCCUGCAGGAAGCUUGCCGUUUGCUGGCUGAGGAGAUGAAACUUUCCUCUUCAGUCCCUGGUGGCAUGGUGGAUUUCCGUCGAACUCUCGUGCUCAGCUUUUUCUUUAAGUUCUACCUCACAGUGCUUAAGAAACGAAAUUCUAUAUUUUUGCAGAAUGAUUUGAGCAAAUUGGAUCUUUCCACAUAUGCUAGUGCUACUGAAUUAUUUAAUAAGGAUCCUGUUAGCAACGUCCAGCUUUUUCAAGAAGUGCCUAUUGAGCAAUCCAUUGACGAUACAGUGGGACGACCCCUGAUGCAUUUGUCAGCUGCCAAGCAGGCAAGCGGAGAGGCAGUCUACUGUGAUGACAUUCCUUCUUAUGCAAAUGAACUCUACCUAACCCUGGUUACCAGCACCAAAGCCCAUGCUAAAAUUAUUUCCAUUGAUACCACAGAGGCUCAGAAUGUACCUGGCUUUGUAUGUUUUGUCUCUGAUCAGGAUAUUCCAGGAAGUAACAUUUCUGGAAUUUGUAAUGAUGAAACCAUCUUUGCAAAAGACAUUGUGACAUGUGUUGGGCACAUUAUUGGUGCAGUAUUGGCAGAUACACAGGAACAUUCCCGAAGAGCUGCUAAAGCAGUGAAGAUCACAUAUGAAGAGCUUACACCAAUUAUCACUAUCCAGGAAGCCAUUGAGAAAGAGUCUUUUUUUAAGACUGACAGGAAGAUUGAAAAAGGAAAUAUCCAGAAAGGUUUUGAAGAGGCCGAUCAUAUUGUGGAAGGGGACAUGUACAUCAGUGGCCAGGAACAUUUUUAUCUGGAGACUCACUGCACAAUUGCUGUACCAAAAGGAGAAGAUGGAGAAAUGGAACUCUUUGUAUCCACCCAAAACUUAACAAAGACACAGGAUUUUGUUGCUAACGCUUUAGGAGUUCCAGCUAAUCGAAUUCUGGUUCGGGUGAAGAGAAUGGGAGGAGGAUUUGGAGGGAAAGAAUCCAGAAGCAUUAUCUUGUCUACAGUUGUUGCAGUAGCUGCUGCUAAGACUGGCUGCCCAGUACGAUGCAUGCUUGAUCGAGAUGAAGAUAUGUUGCUUUCUGGUGGAAGGCACCCAUUUUGGGCACAGUAUAAGGUAAAUAAAAAUUAAUAUGAGUAUUAAAAAGAUUACACUUGUUAUGAGUGAAACAGUGCACUGUUCAGUCCAUAUUGUGGAGCAAUUAAAUUGAUUCCCCAGGUUAUGGACAGAGCUGUGCUUCACAUGGACAAUUCCUACAACAUCCCAAAUAUCAGAGGUAUCGGUGUUGUCUGUAAAACGAAUCUGGCCUCCAACACAGCCUUCCGUGGAUUUGGGGGUCCCCAGGGAAUGAUGGUUGCUGAAUGCUGGAUGAGUGAGAUAGCCUUGAAGUGUGGGCUGUCAGCAGAAGAGGUACGAAAAAUCAAUCUAUAUAAUGAAGGAGAUCUAACUCAUUUUGACCAAAAGCUUGAGGGGUUCAGCUUGAAACGAUGUUGGGAAGAGUGCCUUGCAAAAUCGAAGUAUCAUUUCAGAAGAAGAGACAUUGAGAAGUUCAACCAGCAGAAUCGCUGGAAGAAGAGAGGCAUAGCCAUUAUUCCUACCAAGUUUGGGAUCAGCUUCACAGUUCCUUUUCUGAAUCAGGGUGGUGCAUUGUUACAUGUUUACACUGAUGGUUCGGUGUUGCUCACACAUGGUGGGACUGAGAUGGGUCAAGGUCUGCACACCAAGAUGAUUCAGGUUGCCAGCAAGACUCUGGGAAUCCCUACCUCUAAGAUCCAUAUAAGUGAGACAAGCACCAACACGGUGCCAAAUACAUCACCAACAGCUGCUUCUGUCAGUGCUGAUAUCAAUGGGAUGGCUGUUUUUAACGCUUGCCAGACCAUCUUAAAACAAUUGGAGCCAUUCAGAUGUGCUAACCCAAAAGGAUCAUGGCAAGAUUGGGUGUUGGCAGCUUAUCAUGACUGUGUGAGUUUAUCAGCUACAGGAUUUUAUAGCAUUCCUAAUGUUGGCUAUGACUUCUCAAAGAAUGCAGGAAAGCCUUUCAAUUACUUCUCCUAUGGUGUUGCUUGUUCUGAGGUUGAGAUAGAUUGUCUGACCGGUGACCAUAAGAAUCUUUACACUGAUGUUGUGAUGGAUGUUGGCACCAGCCUGAAUCCAGCUAUAGAUAUAGGGCAGAUUGAGGGAGCAUUUGUCCAAGGAAUUGGGCUGUUUACCCUGGAGGAGCUACGCUAUUCUCCAGAAGGCAACUUGUAUACACGGGGGCCUGGAAUGUACAAGAUCCCUGCAUUCGGUGACAUUCCAUCAGAGUUCCAUGUUUCUCUUCUCCGGGAUUGUCCAAAUAGCAAAGCCAUUUAUUCAUCUAAGGCUGUGGGUGAGCCUCCAUUGUUCUUAGCAGCCUCCGUAUUUUAUGCUAUCAAAGAUGCAAUUGUCUCUGCAAGAGAAGAAUCUGGAUUAAAAGGAAUAUUCAGAUUAUAUAGUCCAGCUACUCCAGAAAGAAUACGCAAUGCUUGUGUUGAUUCCUUCACCAAACUGUGUCUACCUGCUGAACCAGAAACUCUCAAACCAUGGUCUGUGAGUGUGUGAAUGAAGACAUCUCUAGAAAUUAGCUCCAGGGACCAACAAAGCAGUACCUCUAAGCUGAAAUCAGAACUGUAUUCCGUGUCUCCUUUACUGAUUGAGAAAGCGUUAUAAUGUAAUUGUGGAAGCAUUGAUGUUGAUCAAGAAAAAUGUUAUUGUUGAUAAAUUAUUGCAGAUAUUAUAUGUAACAAAGGGAGAGAGUAAAUUACUUUUCUUCUGUGAACAGAAAGAUUGCCAUGGUUCCUUUAAGCUUGCAGUGAAGAUCAGGGAAACACUAUGUAUAUGUUCAUUUUUCAAGUGCAAUCAUGGUAUCCAGCCUCAAAAAUGCAGCUUUAGCUGCAGCGGAUUAAUCAUCAUCAUAACAUCUAAUUUCUUCUUAAUUUUUUGGAUGGAUCACUGAAGACAGAGGCCACUGUUUCCUUUUCCUUUUGUGUACUAAGAAUGAGAGAGGUAGUUUAAUGGCUAACAGAGGCACUUUUGGCCCCUGUUUUCAGCUUCCUGUUCUUGCAAAUUUGCUAGAGUAAAAUCAGUGUUAUUCCCUUAGUCAGAGUGAGACAAUCACCCCAGGAGGAGAUGCAAGGCCUAUAAUGAUCUAAUGCCCAAAUCCAUGGGAUUAUGAUCUAUUGAACUCAGUGGGGCUUACUUUUGAGUUGGCAUAUACAGAAUAUCAGUAACUUAUAUGUGUAUAUAUCAUAGAAAGCUGUUUUUCUCACAACCUAUGGAGCAUAAUCUUCAGUUUAAUUUUGUCAAAAAAUGGAUAGGCUAAACUGAGGAUUGUGGGAUUGCACAAAAGCACAAUUUGUGGAGGCUUAUUAGGGAAUACUGUUUUGCCCUAUAGUGUUUGAUCAGUGUAGUGUUUAUAUAACCAAACACUCCGCUACAUGAAUAUUGAUUUUUUCCCCUUUUAUCCAUUCUGUGCUAUGAUACUUUUAUGUGUAGGCUAGGAUUAUUAUUAUUAUUGCAAUUCUGUACUCAGGGUGAAUAUGUCCAAAAUUCACACAUUUUAAGACAACAAAAAAUGAAAUACAUUGUACAAUAAACAUAUUUUCAAUAGAUAAUAGAUAAGAAGUUAAGGAGCCCUAAGAUAUUAGAGAAAUGGGAAGAAUCCUGGACAAGUUUAUCAUACUAGUUCCAUUUCAGGAGGAGAAAUGUACAGUGAACUGGCUGGACUUUCUUCCUGAAAAUGAACUAGCUCAUAAUUUAUUUUAAGUGUUUAAAAGCCAUUCAGUUCACCAUAUAACUAUAGGGCACUCCAUUUCUCCCAUAUCAAAUUCCAUUAUACUCUGUGUGCUAUAUAGCUCUUUACACUCUUUUAGAAUCUUAUAAAUUUUAGAAUCAAUAUCAAUUAAUACAAACUCAUUUCCAAAUGUUCAGAAACCAGGUAAUGGUAUCAUUCAAAGAUCCUGAUUUUGCUUUGGGCUCUUGGGAUGCAGUUUGUGGUUGAUACAAACUGUAUGAAAGCAACAGAAAAACAACGACAUACAAAAUUUUAGUGCUUUCUAACAAAAGUGAAUAGGUGCAUAAGCACUAACAACCCAAACCUUGAAUGGACCAAAUAUAGUCACAUUAUUUUCAUGUAAUUCCCAAUGAUUUCAAUAGGUGUACUCUAAAUGAAACUAAAUUGUAAUCAAACUUCUUGUUUUUCCAAGUAGUUGCUGAGUAGAGCAAUACAAUACAACUAUGCUGUAUAUUAAAUGUCAUCAUGGACUACAGGAUUGUAAAAUAGGGAGUUAUGGUACUUUUUAUAAUAAGAUAAAAUACAUUGAUUACAACUCUUGUUCGUCAUUUACUAAAAUAAUACUUAAUAUUUGAUGUUGAUAGUUACCAUUUUGUGUUUUGAUGGAA